AUGCCCUUGCCCGACCCCAUCUCGCUAGGUCUUCCUGCCAAGCCUGGAUCCCUGCCUACAGCCGAGGCCGGUCCCUCGCGGCCUCCCGCGGCCGCAACUCCAACCUCCUCUCUGGCAUCCACCGCUCCGUCCACCAGCUCAACAACCACAUGUGGCCAGUGCACCAACGAGGCCAAGUACACCUGCCCGCGCUGCUCUGCACGCACCUGCUCGCUGCCAUGCAGCAAGGCCCACAAGGCCAGCACCGGCUGCAGCGGCGUGCGCGACCCCGCGGCGUUUGUGCCCCUCAACAAGAUCACGCAGGGGACAUGGGACGGCGACUAUGCCUGGCUCGAGGGCACGCGCCGGCAAGUGGCGCAGUUUGGCGAGGGGAUCACGGCCGACGAGGCGGCGGGCGAGGGUGUGGUGGUCUCCGGCAGCGGCGGCGCAGGUGCGAGCCGCGGCGGACGGGGCGGAGCGGCGCGCGGCGGGCGCGGAGGAGGCAGCCAGCGCCCACCGGCCAGGAAGAGUAAGCUCGACGGACUCAAGUGGGCCAUUGCGGAGAUUGGUGCCGAGGUCGACGUGCUUCCGGACGGCAUGCAGCGGCGCAAGACCAACCAGUCGAGCUGGAACCCCAAGACGCGCGCACUCUUCCUCACGGUCCAGCUCGUCGUGCAACCGACGCUCGGCGACGCGCCCCUCCUCUCGCACCCGCGCUGCCCCGUCCUCCCGGCCGAGAAGAGCGUGUCCCUCGCCUCGCUCCUCCCCGACUCCCUCAGCGAUGCCGAUAUCGUCUUUGCCCUGCCGUACCACAUGCCCCGACGACACCCGCGCGACGUGCGUAACGCCUCGGCGCCGGAUCUCGCAGGUGCUCCUGCACUGGUACCCGGUGCGCGGCGCUUCUUCCCGCCUCUGGACGGCACGACGCCGCUUGAAAAGGCGCUCACGGGCACGGCGUGGGUCGAGUUCCCCACUGUCCACCUGUACGCGCGGGCAGAGUGGGACGCGGCCGUGGCUGCCGGUGAGGUGGUUGUGGUGCAGCGGCACGCGCCGGCCGACAACAAGCGCAAGGCGGACGCAGACGCGGACGCGGUGGCCGCAGUGGCGGAAGCUGAGGACGCGGGUGACGCGGGCGAGGACGUCAAGGCUGUGAGCGCGGACACGGACGAGCAUGGACCCAGCAAGAAGGCGCGGACGGACACGGCCACGGCCACCACCGCCGCCACCGCCGCUCUGGACGGACACGGCCUGGUGGGCCUGGGAGCGUACGGCGACUCGGAUGAGGAAUCGGAUGACGACGGCGACGAGGCCGCAGACGAGGCCGUAGGGGGCGAUGAGGACGCGGACGAGCACGGCGGAGACAUUACACUGGCGCCGGAGAUGGCUGCUGCUCUGGGCGCGGCGCUCGUGGCCGACUUUGGCGUGCAGGAGGAGAGAUAG